AUGGUGCCGAUAAAUUCCCUCGCCGCGGUUGCAGCCGCGGGCGCAGCUCUGUUCUCGACAGUUGCAGCUCAGUGCGCGAGCCUCACUCCCGUCGCCCAGCCCCAGAUAGCCCCGGGGUACUCCGCGAAGCUCAUCCUGAACCAGCUGCAAAAACCCCGCAGUCUACAAUUUGACACACUCGGUAACCUGCUCAUCGCCGAGCAAGGGGGCACGGGUAUCAAGUAUGUCAAGCUCACAGACAAUGGAGGGACGAACGUUUGCGUGGCUUCUCAGAAACAGCUCAUCGCCAAUGCAAACCUCGCUCACGGAUUGGCUCUGUCCGCCAAUGGCAAAACCAUUUAUGCGGCGACGGCUUCCGAAGUAUACGCAUACCCUUACGACGCUGCUGCUGGCACUGUUGGGCAGGCAAAGCUCAUCAUCAAUGGCAUGACGCAAACUGGCCACCAGACCCGCACUUUGCUGAUUCCCAAGGACAAGCCGAAUGUCCUGCUCGUUUCCCGCGGCUCCGCUCCGAACCUUGACCUUCCGACUGCUGAGGCUUCGUCCGGCCGCAGUCAAAUUCGUGCCUUUGAUCUGACAAAACUGACGGGCAGCCCCGUGGACUACACCUCGGGAGAGCUCUUUGGAUGGGGACUGCGAAACACCGUCGGUGUUGGAGAGAAUCCCUUAGAUGGCGGUAUUUGGUCGGUCGAGAACUCUCUCGAUAACAUGGCGCGCAACGGCGUGGACAUUCACAAUGACAACCCUGGCGAGGAACUGAACUACCAUGGCAGCUAUAGAGCGGCGUCGAACCCCCACAAGGGUGCCAAUUAUGGCUAUCCCAACUGCUUUGCCGUCUGGGAGACGAGUACUGUCACGGGUGUACCUAAUGUGAAAGUGGGAAGCCAGGUCAUUCAGGGAAAUGCGUCUGGCAACGUCACAGACCAAUACUGCCAGACUGUUCCUGUCCCACCGCGGCUCACUUUUCAGGCUCACAUGGCGCCCCUGGACAUUAAGUUUUCCCCCAAUGGAUCAUCCGCAUACAUUUCCUUCCAUGGCAGCUGGAACCGCUCUCCCGGCGACGGCUAUCGCCUUAGCAGGGUCGACUUCGGUGCCAAUGGACAGCCUAUUGCCGCGUCGACCAGCAAGACAGCCGAGGUCAGGGUUGCAUGGAACGUCAACAACGCUGUUUGCCCUGGAAGCUGCUUCCGACCUGUUGGUCUUGCGUGGGACAAGAAAGGCAGAUUGUUCAUGCUUAGCGACUCUACCGGCGAGCUUUUUGUUCUUACGGUGCCUGCUUAG